AUGAGAGGACUGGGGGCUGACUUGUACACAAACACACGGGGUUAAGUCAGUCUCAUUGAGGUGGUGGUGGAGGCAAGAAGGAACCCGGAGAUAGUACGGAACUUAAAUGAGAGGAUGUUUUGCGUGAUGACAGCGAUGAUGAUGAUGACGGUGAUGAUGAUGAUGGUGACUCUUCCGGUGUUGGUGAGUCAGUCAGAGGCAUCACCACUACAACCACGCCCUCUUGCUCUUUCAGUCAUCAAGCAUGGUGACCAAAUCAGCUUGAACCUUGACCCAGAGGCUGAGGUCAACGCUGUUCUGUUGAUAUUGGAGGAAUCAUCAGUACAGAAACAGAAGGAUGACCUCAGGCUAUUAAAAAAGGUCAACUCUACCUGUCCGAAUCUUGACCUUCAGGUGUUUAAGGUCACUCAGAGGCCAAGAAAGGUCAUGAGUGGUGCUGAAGAGACUGGUUUUGGAAUCAUUGCCGCUGAGGACAUUGGAUCUGGCGAAAUUCCUGCUUGGGAUAUUGACUCUGUGGAAAUACCUGCUGAGGACACUCGCACUUGGGAAAUACCUUCUGAGGACAUUGGCUCAGGGGAAAUACCUUCUGAGGACACUGGCACUAGGGAAAUACCUUCUGAGGACACUGGCUCUGGGGAAAUACCUUCUGAGGACACUGGCUCUGGGGAAAUACCUUCUGAGGACAUUGACUCUGGGGAAAUCAUCACCAGCUGGAAAAUUGAAGAAGAAAUUCCUCCUGCUAACACCAAUGCUGAAAGAGCUGCUCAUAUGAGGGUCUUUGGUGCCCUGGAAGUUAGUUCUGAUGUGACUCUUCCUGAGGACCUCACCAAAGACCUCGUCAACAACAACGUCAGGAGAAGAUUCAGGAACUGUCUGGAGGUACAGGAGGCGGGGUACACACAGAGUGGCGUCUACACCGUGUACCCGUCUCAUUCUUUAGGCUUUACCGUCUACUGUGAUAUGGACAAUGACGGGGGAGGAUGGACAGUCAUACAGAGACGGGACCAUAAAUUCUGUCAGGAGGAGAACUUCUACCGCCUCUGGGACGAUUAUGUCAAAGGCUUCGGCAACCUGAGUCAAGAAUUCUGGCUAGGUCUUGAAAAUAUCCAUGACCUUACCUCCCAAACUCCCACUGAACUCCGCGUCGACCUCGAGAAUUUCAAGAACAAGACUGGUUGGGUUAAGUACGGUGUGUUCAAGGUCAAGAACAAGGACACGGACUACAGGCUAUGGGUUAAGGACUACUCUGGAGUGGCAGGAGAUGGCUUGGCCUAUCACAAUGGCGCCAGGUUCACCACGAUGGAUAAGGAUCACGAUACUUGGGGACAGAACUGUGCGAUAUCGUUCAAGGGAGGCUGGUGGUACAGGAACUGCCACUACACCAACUUGAACGGCCUACGAGCGGGUCGUUACGGUGAGCAGAGUGGCCAGUACAUUGUGUGGAGCAUGUGGGAAGGAAUUACCCCUAUCAGGAGCACGGAGAUGAAGGUUCGCCCCAUCAGGAGGACGAAGUAGGUGAAGAUCUGCCCCGUCAGGAAGAGGAAGUAGGUGAAGAUCCGCCCCGUCAGGAGGAAGGAGGUGAAGAUCCGCCCCUUCAGGAGGAAGAUACAGUACAGCAGUGCCUCUAGUGGUGAUGAAGAGAGUUGAUGACUUACAGUGACUUGUAUUUAAGGGUUGAUGGACGUUUGGGCCAUGGGACGUUUGGGCCAUGGGACACGACCUCCAACUAUAUGUAGGUUAGGUUAGGUUA